CAACGAAUCGCAUCAACCUCACUCAAGUGAUCAGUCAAUCGCACCAGCUCUCUCUCUGUACCUACCGCACAUCCUUCCAUCUAUCGCACUCACCCGUCGCACUGAAUGAAGGUUCCAGCAGCCGAGAAGCAGGGCGUCCCCACCGACCGCACCCUCGCCUUCCAGAAGGCGGCAACAGCCUCGGGCGGCGACGAUGCCGAGCGGAUCGUGCACCUCUUGCGCUCAUGGGACACUGACGGAGAUGGCAUGUUCAGGUGGGCAAAGAGAGAAAGGGGGGCAGGGAGACACGCAUGCGUGGGUGGGUGUGGGACUGACUGGUUCUGUGUGUGGGAUGUUCGUGUGUGCAGCGUCCAGGAGGUGUUGUCGGCUGCCCGCCAGAUGAUGUCUGAGCGCAAGACCAACCGACGCCUUCUCUGGGUCAUCGCUGGCGUGGCCGUCCUUUAUGGUGAGUGAGAUCACACCCCACACACACUGAUCACUGAAGCAUCCGUCAUGCACACGCUCUCUCCCUCUGUGUGCCUGUGUGCAGUCCUCACCGUCGCGGUCCUCCUGGGCAUCACUGUGGGCGCCGUCGAGCUCGCCAAGGAUGCCAAACCCGACGAGAACGGCAACAUGAUCAACCUACACGGAGCCAAGGAUGUCGUUCGUAAGUCAGACACGCACGGAAGGGACAAGGGAAAGAACACCGCUUUCUUGCAAAGUAUGAGUGUCGGUUCUGUGGUGCUUGUCUCUUCUAUCUGUAGACACCAAGGCGAAGACCGACGUCGCCUCCCCGUUCGACUUUGUGACUCAGAGCCUCGCCGACCUCGAACAGGUGACAAGGCACAAACGCACACCGCUCCUUCAUUAUCGGUGGUGAUGGACGCAUCUGUCUGCCCUCCCUCGUGUCAUCGGUUAUCUGUGUGCAGAUCGACGCCCUGUACAUUGACGAUCUGCUCACCAAGGAGGGCAAGACGAUCGAGAGAUACUACAAGGUCAUGACGGUCUCCAGAAGCAAGGACGACGGCUCCGUCAAGGUACGCAACACGACAUGUCGAGUUGUUGCAUCGCACCACUUUGGCCCACAUCUCCUUCCCCUCUGGUCUCUCGCUGGUUGCCUGCAGGUCGAAUUCUUCGGCGGCGACUACCUGGAGGUGGACAAGGAGCGUGCACUGCUCUUCCGGCCCAAACCGGAGAGCGGCUGUGGCGCCGAGGCCGAGGGCUUCGAGGCCCCCGAGGGUUUCUGUCCCGUCGCCGAGAUCAUCAACGGGGCCGACCCUCGUGACGCUGAGGCGAGCGGGGAGCCCGACGCCAGACGUCUGCUGCGCGACGGCCGCCAGCUGCAGGCCAGAACCUCCAUCGUCGGGCCCGCCUACAACACUGGCCCGCGCGGCGUCGGCGGCAACAUCAAUUUCAAUACGGGCCGCAUCUACGGCAGCGGUAAGGACGACGAACGUCACACGUGGCCUCAUUCUAUCAUGUGCGCCAACCUCUCUGUAUGUAUGUGUGUUUUGUGGUGUGUUGCAGAUGGCAUCGUGUCCUUGGGCAGAUCGCGGUUCUUCGGGCAAGGCCAGUUCCGCAGCUGCAAUGGGCCUGCGUGCUCGUUCUAAGGGACACCUAUCGCGACAGGCGACGUCUCCGGGGUAGGGGAGGGGUAGGUUUUUUUUCGCUCGUUCGUGUAGGCGUACAUGUGUGCGUAGCCUGCUGCCUGCCUCACCACUGCUUUUUUUCUCGGGGCGAGGCAGGCCUGUCUGCUCGCGGAUUGCACAGGGGGGUGUCUGUGGGGUUCUGCUGAGGCGCGAGUGUCUCUCUCGGCGUGUGUCGGUCGUGUCACUGGGCCGAGUCUUCUCAGCCAGCCCUGUCUUGUCUUGUCGACCACCGGGUGUAUUUGAUCCAUUCCUUCAUGUGUGGCGUGGCUUCCAGCCACUACCUACUCGCUUCCCUGCCUGCCUGCCUGCCCAUCACGCACUCACUUGGCGCGCAGCCUGUCUGUCCAUUUGCCUACUUGCUCCCUGGUGCAUGUGCAUAUAUUCAUGUCUGUCUGUCUGUCUGUCUGCGUGGACGUUUUUCCGUAUUCCCAUCCCCUCGCUGCACCCUCCCCCCGCGUGCGUGUCUGCGCGUGUGUGUUUGUGCCGCUCUUUUAUGGAGCUGGACGUGCGUGCUGGCAUGCUCUCUGGGGCGGUGGGUGCGUGAGACGGUUUUCUAGUCGUGCGUGCGGUGUAUCGAAGCACCUAUAUGCCAGUCAGUCGUGGCGCAUGCUUGUUUAUGUGAUGUCUAAAUGUCGUGUGUCUCAGUCUUGUGUAGGUGCAUAUAUCACAUCCAUACUUUCUUCUUCACACGGACCGCUCAGCGUGUGGGGGGAUGGACAGGACUUGGGGACGGACGGCUGCAUCAUUCAUCGAUUCUACUGAAUGGCAUUACUUCCAC